AUGCCGCCGCCAACAGACUUUGAUAGACAAUUGAAAUUUUCAAAAAUCCAAAAGUUUCUGGGCGUUGUUUACCCACUUGCGAUUUUACUGGUGACCGGCUAUGUAGUAUGGGUUUACGUGGCCUUGAUAUGCGUAAACUCCAAUAUUAAGAUCAAACAUGGAUACAGGGCUAUGGGAGCAGGAGUUACAUUCCUGGUUUUGUUUUUUAGCAGUGCCGCAAUAAGCUAUCUAUGCUAUUUUCGAGUACUAAUCUCAAACACAUCCUAUUGUGGUGAUACUAAUUUGGACUAUUACAACAACACAGCGCCGAUCUUUAUAUGUGGUCCAAAUGGCGCUCCUCGUAUUUGCGGAACCUGUAAAUGCUGGUUGCCAGAUAGAUCUCAUCACAGCAGGGUCAGCAUGAAAUGCGUAAAGAAAUUUGAUCAUUACUGUGGGUUUGUUGGAAAGGAUAUCUGUUUCAGCAAUCACAAAUUCUUUUAUCAAUUAUUAUUUUAUGGAACAAUUGCAUCCCUUUUUGUUUUGGUUAGUACUGCGAUAAUGUAUGCUCGUAAAGGAGAAUAUCGAAGCCUUCCAGGAACCUGGAUCUUCGUUCUAAUUUCUUCUGGCUUCGGCGCUCUUUUCAUGGGUGCUUUAUUAUUUCGCCAAACUGUUUUUCUAUUAUUAAAUUUGAAUAGCCAUGAGGGAAGAAACUGGAAAUCGAGGGUUUACCACUUCAGCGUGUUUUUCCCCGAGCAAAUGACCACUCGUGUUCAUGUACAAAGCGAUCCAGGCGAUCUUCCUUGGGAUUUGGGUUAUUCAAAGAAUUGGAGAUCUGUAAUGGGCGAUCGUUGGUAUGACUGGUUUUUGCCAUUUCGUCGUUCACCUGGCGAUGGUAUGCAUUAUGAAUACAAUCCUUCUUUUUUACAUAAAAUGCGCUUAAAGGCUACUUCUUCCUAA